GAUUUUUAAACAUAUUUUCACCGACGGUCUUGGGUAGUUUUUUCCAUGUAACUUUACGUACUUUUUAUACGGGCAUGUUUAUGUGUAAAUAAAGUGCACGUGUUGGUUGUAAGAGUUUGGGAGCCGCUUGUCAAAGUAGAAAAAAAGUACAUAUAGACAUACCUACAUAUGUAUGAAUAUAUAUCUGCUAUGUAUUUAAAAGUAGGUUUAAAAUAUUUGUGCUAAUUUGUUGCGCGUACUAUGGAGCACAACGGUUGGAUUAUUAGCAUGCCGUACAACAAAGUGAGUCCAUCAGAGGUGCAACAUCAUGGCACCAGUUGUAAUGAAUUUCUGCGGCAGACACCAAAGGAUAACUCAAUUUUCAAGGACAUUCGAACCGUAUUAUUUAUUUUGAAGGCCACGGGCCUAUUGCCGAUCUAUGAGAAAGUGUCCAGCUACGAAUUGGGUCCACCUUCAAAACUCAACAUUUUCUAUUCUUUUUUUGUUCGGGGCGUUGUGCAAGCAUUUACUGUUUUCAAUCUUUACAACCUUCUAACGCCUGGGUCCGCACAGCUCUUCUACUCCUACAGUGAUACCGAUAAUGUGAAUAAAUGGAUAGAAUUUUUGCUGUGUAUGUUAGCUCAUACGACGACUAAUAUUAUAUGUGCGAAAAAUUCAAAAUCGUUUCUACAAAUUUUCAACGAAAUUUUAAAAGUGGACGAAGAUGUCUUUGUCCAGUUUGGUGCCACGUUGGAAAACGAGUGCGACUUUUCACUGAAAUUUAUUGUGGGUAUUUGCAUUUGUCAAUGGUAUUUAAUGAUACUACGCGUCCUAGAUGCUGAGGAUCCGCUUACAGCCAACUCGUACAUUUUCUUUGUGUUCAAUGCAGUGCAGAAUGGCAUGGCAACGGUUUUUGUUGUUUUCGCAGCGGCUUUGUUAAGAAUUGUGAAAGUGCGAUUUGCUCAUCUCAAUUCGAUUCUCGAAGGCUACUCAUACACGCAGCAACUGAAGCUACGCCGUUUAGCAAGACGUAUUGCUCGUGGUCCUACGAUGGAGACAUUCCCGGAGGAUUCUUUAUUUACGUAUCGUAUGCACAAUAAGUUACUACGCAUCUAUCGUUCAAUCAACGACUGUUGCAGCCUGAUUUUGGUAGCAUAUAUGGGCUAUGCUUUCUACACCAUUACCACCACUACGUACAAUCUAUUUGUGCAGAUUACGACUCAACGAAUUAUAUCAUUAAAAGUGUUGCAGUUUUGCUUUGCAUGGCUGGCGAUGCACACUUGCGUUUUGGCACUGCUUUCGCGCAGCUGCGGACAAGCCACGGAUGAGGCUAACGGAACAUCGCAGGUUGUGGCUCGCGUCUACGGAAAAUCUAAGGAUUAUCAAAAUAUUGUCGAUAAAUUUUUGACGAAAAGCAUAAAACAAGAGGUGCAGUUCACCGCUUAUGGAUUUUUUGUAAUUGACAACUCGACGCUUUUCAAGAUUUUCUCAGCUGUAACAACUUACCUGGUAAUCUUAAUCCAAUUCAAGCAGCUAGAAGAUUCAAAAUCAGAUGAUGAUUCUACCUAGAUCUAGAAAUGUGAAUUUCCCA